CCGUAAAUGCUUUGCAAGCAUUCACGAGUUAAAAAGGUGCUUAUGUAAAAGAAAGUUUAUUCGGAAUUUUUUUGUUUUCGAAGGCCGGGGAACCCUAGCUCUUUUCUGUCGUGAGUUAGGACUCAUCGGAGAACGGACGGCUUCGAGGAAUUUUACUGUAUCUCCUCAAGAGAGCAUUUUGACACUCGUGAUUUUCCAAAAGACUCCAGAAAUUUUCUAUCCUGAAGUUGACUUUCGACACCUCAUUUUCGACCGCGGGUUGGCUGUGGCACGAUCAACCGCUGGCCAACCUUCCUUGACAACAGCGUCGCUUUCAUAGCAGCCGAAGUAAACGGGUUGGAAAGUUGCUCAAAAAUGCCACCUAAAAAGAAAGGAAAGGGGAAAAAGAAAAAGCAAGGCGAUGCAAAAGAGUCUGGAGACGAGGAAGAAGGUAAAAAGAAAGACGAACCAACAGAGAAAGAGGAGGAAUUGCGCAAAGAAUUGGAAACAUUGUCAGACAAACUGAGUAGUCUCAAAAGGGAGGUAGAGGAACUGCGCCAAGAGAAUGAGUGGCUACAAGAAGAAUCCCAACAGACCAGAUUGGAAAGUCAUGAGUAUAUGUCCUACAUGUCAAAGAAAACCCAGAAGCGUCAGACAACCAUCAUAUCCCUGAGUGACAGGAACCAGAAGGAACUCCAAGACAUUACGGACCAAAAAGAACAGCUUCUUCUGGAUUAUAAUCAGAAGAAAGAAGCUCUGAAGCAGCUAAUGUUGGAAAAGGAAGCUGAGCUUGCCAUGGCAAAUGGUGAACUAGAAGACCUGGAAGAGUAUCAGGUACUCCAGAAGGACCAGGAAGUAGAGAUAGCUCGCCUUGAAGAAGAGGUACAAACCAUGCGACGGAAACACUCAGAAGCCAUCCAAAAGCUGAAGGCACAGUUCUUGCGAGAGAAGCGUGGAUACCAGAAAGAGUCAGAUUCCAAGAUCCAGGAAAUGGCAAAACAAGCCACACAGGAGGCAAAACACUGCUUGGAUGAUCACACGCAGAAGAUCAAAGAAGAAAAUAAGGUGCUUAGACAUGAACUGUUGAUGCUCAUAAGGCGGACACGAGCCCUGCAUGAACAUCGCGAAGAGCUGCAGGCCCAACACAAGGCCCUACUACGGGAGGUUCAGUAUGGGAGGGACUUGAAGAAACUGAGUGGAACCAGACAAAACCGGCUGUACAAAUCUUUUGGGUUGCACAUGAAUGCUGAAAGAGAGCAGGAGAGUGCAGAGAAGGGUAAAGGAGGGCAGGUUCAGCUCCAGCCGUGAGGGUUAUUGUACUUAUAUAUGGAUGGACAUUGUGCUGAUGAAAAAAUUUACUACCAUCAAUGGAUACCAUCAUUAAAAAUAAACAUGCGUGAAUGAACCUGUAACUCAAUAGAAAUACAGGGGAACAAAAAGCAAUGUACAGUUUUUAUUGUUAUAAGACAAUAUAUGUGUUGAGUUUCUCAAAUAAUAUACCUUAUUACUACAAUGUUUAAAAAUCUGUUGUAUGAACGUUUUCUGCAUAUGACAGGGAGUUUAAAAUUUGUCUUGAGUAUUUUACAGUAAAGAAAUUAAGUUACAUUCACUUUGUAUUAAGUCAACUGACAGGUUUGAUCCUGAUCACGUCCUAGUGAUGUACAGUACCAAUGUAAAUGUAGAUAUCUCUUUCUAAUUGCUGUAUAAUCUUAUUAUAUACUUUGUCUAUUUUAUGGUUUGAUUAAACCACGCUUCCCUGAUCAAACAGAGAUCAGAGCCCUC